AUGGCUGCAAAGGCUUCAUUUCAGCUUUUUCCAUCUCCGGUGAAGAGCAAGAAGAAUCCGUUCAGAACUAUACCCGCCAAAGAGGAACCAAGGAGUAAAUCUCCGAUUGUCGCUGAUAAUGAUGACAGCAUCAAGGCCGGUAUUCAGACAGAAUCCGUCAUUAUCAAGAUUAUCGAGGACACAAACACAGACACAAUCCAGCCCUGGCCGGUACCUUCGCCAGAUGCCUCACACUCGGAGAUACUUCCAGAUACAACGCAAUUAGGACCCCAACAACGGCAAAAGUCUCCUGUUUCUCCCGGCAAACCGAUCAACUCAAUAUUUCCGCAGUACAACCCUCAGUUGCCGUUGAAUAAGCAGGCUUACUUCCCACAAAAUAGGGGCACGAAAAACACAUCUCAUCAGAGUAGUAGUUCCACAGCUGGUACUGUUUGUGAGCAAGAUGUCCCGCCUACUGAGGUUGAUGCCGUUCUCGGGCCCAAGACUGUACCCGCAAGCGUAUUCAACUUCCCUUCCGGAGCACUGAGUCCUCGGAUACAAUACUCUUCUGCAGAAGAAUUGGUGACAUUAUGGGAGUCUGCUAAUGGACAAGAACUGCAAGAGUCCUUGGGAACGUUCAAUCUACGCGCAGAGAGGGUUGACACUACUGCCUUCACGUUCGGUGACCCUCAGCUGCCGUUCUAUACUCUAAACGCUAGUAUGGAUGGGUUCUCGCUCCUAAGAAAUCAUCCAUUGAAACGCAACCGCGGUGUACAAGUUAUGGUCUUGAAUUUUGAAAAUCCAGCUCGUCGCCAACCUCCGCACAAUGGGCUAGUGACGGUCAUAUUUUCAAAACUCGCAGCGAUGCUCGCAAUUGAACAGGCUGCGGAACUGACUCGGCAUCAUUCACUUGCCCCAUCCGAAGCCAUGGAGGUCGAGACAAAUGCAGUAAACCGGGCGGCCGCCCAAGAGUCAUGUCGUCUGAUCUGGAACGCACUGCAACAUCGAUACGAGUUGCAACACCCAUCUCUACUCAAGCAGCAUUCCUCGGCCUUGGUAGGUGAGGAUGGUAACCCACUGCCCCGGGUGCAGACUGCGAAACCGGGCAUCCUACAUAUCACCGUUUCUCCUACCGCGGAGAGGGACAGCGAGCAUUACCAACCCCCUGUCAUCAUGGUGACGAGUCCGCGAUCACCCAACAGCAUACAAGCAGGAGAUAUGGAAGCGACACCACGGACAUCAACGUUACCGCAGGCGGAUAUCGAUGAACCAUUGGCGUCCCUGGAUCUUAGCACCAUGACUCUUUCCAUCUGCGCCGGACUUACCACAAGCAUAAUCCCAUCCCUUUAUGCCAUCGAUUCUUUGAUUGCAGCCAUGCUUGCUGUUGCUGUCACAGACGAAAGCACUUGGCCUGUACUCGCCAACACAGAGUUAUACGUCCCUGGUCUGGAAUCACCUCGAACCCCGAGACAGAUACCACAACAGCGUCGUAAAAGCCGAUUUUUCCGAAAUUCUGUUGCUUCUACAGCUCAAAAGAUGAACAAAUCUACGUAUUCAGGGAAAUACUUUACCACAUUUGCCGAGAGAGAAGAAGCAGAAGAAGAAGCCAAGCUAAUGGCUCAAAUCCAUGCAGCGGAAGCCAAGGAACGUAGUAGGAAAAGGAAGCCCAGCACGAUUGAGAAGAAAAAAGGUGGGAUGUUCUCAUUUUUAGGUAGCGGCAAGAAGAAGACAGACGGCAAAACGAAGCAGAUCAUAGUCGAGGAAUUUGAUCUGGAGAAAUACGGCCAUUUUGGUCAGGGAUCGAGCAGAGAAGGUCAGGAAUUACCUGGACCAGCCAAGAUGCUGGUGAACCUGCUAGUUCUUGGGUUACAGGUUGUUGUUACGAUAUUAUCUGCUGGGGUCAAAUGCGCUGUAUGGAUGGUGGUUAAUGUGACUCGAUGCGUGACCAGUGAGAAAUUCUGAUGUCUUUCGUUUUCAUCUCUUUCCAAGAUUCCUUUCAGGGGUGUCCUUGUUAUCGCAGGAGUAUGGUUUAGGAUUUUGUCUAGGGCAGUAGCAAGGCGUUUAGUGGUGUAUAUAGCGGUGAUUCGUGCAAUAUAACCUAAUCAAUCGUU